AUGAGUGCUGUGCGAUUGUCACCAGCAGCAAGUCUGCUUCGCAACUCGAAGCUCUUCGCGAUUCCUGCACCAUUGACGUUGCCGCCAACCGAACCUUCAUCAGAACCCGUCGCCUUUUCCGAAACAGCUACCACUCCCUACCCCCUGCGAGCUGCACUGGAGACUCCGACGACCUCUUUGAGGAGGGGAGACUGGGGCUUGAAACGGUCCUUGCCUGUCCAGCAGACCACCAAAAGUGGAACGCCGACCAUCAGAAUACAAGGUGGAAUCGAUACUCGCGAACACAUUGCAGACUUCGAGUCGGCUGCCGACCAUGUCAUCACUCUACGGAAAUUUCAAGAGUUGAACCUGAGGGUGACCCUUCCAGCGACGAGAGAUAGAAGAUCGAAUUCCCGGACCAGUGUUUUUCAUCCUGAAGUCGAUCACACUGCAGCUGAACCCCUUCCAGUCCUCGAUAAGAAAUACGCCCCUUCUUCGUGGCUCAAUAUGACCCCGUCCGAGCGUACGGCGCACCUCCCACAACAUCUCAAAGAGACCCUGCAGGAGGCUGCAAAAGAGAAAGAAGCGGAGUCACACUCCGAAGGUACACCUGCGAGUCACUCGGCUCCUAGUCCAGGUCCGUCACCGUCCUCGCUCUCCGCUCAAACGACCAGAAGAUGGAGGUAUUCCGGCCCGUACCUCGCGGGCAUGAAUGGAAUGGAAUAUGAAACCUUCUUGAAGAAGAUCACCAAGGAAAAGAGAGCCGAGUUCACGGCAUAUGUGAAACGUCACCUGAGUGAGCAGCGACUCGAACAACACCGCGCCGCCGCGCUUGGAGAAGGCAGAGCGGGUGCAACGAAGCCCGCCGAGGUCACUGAAGAGGAUGUUGCGGGAUAUCUUCGAGAGCUUCGUUCAGAACCAGGCAAAUUCGGUCCCCUCAUUGUAGAAUUCUUCGAUUUGGCCGAUGGGCCACGGCCAUCGUCUCAGACCACAGACCCUUGGUCAUAUGGACGUGAUACCAUCGCCGCAGACCCGUACAGGGAAUCCGGACCACCUCGGACUCAUCCAUCGGCCGGUCUGUCUUAUCUCAACUCGGAGAUGUUUUCACAGAAUGACAUAUUGGUUGGCCCACGAGACACAAGGCCUCCAGUUCCAGCGCGACUACUGAGGUCAAUCCCCACCACCCACAACAGAAACAUUCCCGUCGUCGGUGUGGCUGGAUUUGUUGUCCCACAACCUACUCACACGUCAUUAACAGACUACAACUGGAAAUGGGAACCUACGAAAGAUGGUCCUAAGAUGGUUGUAACUCCUACAGCUGCUACGGUCUCACAUGCUGGCAAAGCGGAGAUCCAGACUCGACUUCAACCCUCGUGGCACCUGGAAGACGACGUUCCAGUCAACAGCGCAGAGAGAAAACCGAAAGAAGACAGCAAUGCGGCGAACAAACGCUCUGUCGCCGGACAGAUCCCCCGCCUCGACAAGGCCUCUUCGAGGCGUCGAUAUUCGAGCUCGAGGCCUCCUCCUGAGCCGAGUCAAGACAUCAGCGAAGAGAUUGACGCCAUGAUGCGAGCGGCGUCGUCGAAUCCUCUGAAGAAGAUCUAG